UGGCCCAGCCUCCGCCCAGUGCGGGCAGGGGAGGGAGCUCAGGAGUUGACAGACAGAAGAGAGGAAAUUCCCCUGGAACCUGUUUCCCAGCUUCCCGGUCCGGCUGGGGCACCCACUGGAGGGUGAGGCCGGCAGGAGACCGGGGCUGCCAUGGCCUCAGUGCUGAGCCCACCCUGGGUCCCUAAGUCCAAGAACACUCUGCCCUCACACUACUAUGAGAGCUUUCUGGAGAAGAAGGGACCCCGAGACCAGGAUUAUAAGAAGUUCUGGGCAGGCCUGCAGGGUCGCACUCUCUAUUUCUACAAUAGCAAUCGGGACUCCCAGCACGUGGAGAAAUUAGACCUAGGAGCAUUCGUGAAGCUCACAGAUGAGGUUCCCUGGGGAUGCUCCCACGACCCUGGCACCCAUUUCAGCCUGGUCCUCUGGAAUCAGGAGAUCAAGUUCAAGGCAGAGAGUCUGGAGUCUCGGGAGAUGUGGAAGGGCUUCAUUCUGACCGUGGUGGAGCUCCGCGUCCCGUCCAACCUGACCCUGCUGCCCGGACACCUGUACAUGAUGGCCGAGACCUUGGCCAAAGAGGAGGCGCGCCGCGCGCUAGAGAUGCCCUUGUGCUUCCUGAAGGUGAGCCGGUUGGAGGCGCAGCUGCUCCUGGAGCGCUACCCCGAGUGCGGGAACUUACUGCUGCGGCCCAGCGGCGACGGCGCGGGCGGCGUGUCGGUCACCACGCGCCAGAUGCUGAAUGGGAUUCCCAUGGUCCGGCACUACAAGGUGAAGCUUGAGGGCCCCAGAUACGUGAUCGACGUGGAGGAGCCGUUCUCCUGCGCCUCACUAGACGCAGUGGUCAACUAUUUCGUGUCGCACACCAAUAAGGCGCUGGUGCCCUUCCUGCUGGACGAGGACUACGAGAAGGUGCUAGGGUACGUGGAAGCGAAUAAAGAGAAUGGUGAAAGUGCUUGGGUGGCGCCCUCCGUCCCUGCGGCUCCCUGCCCAGGUCCUGUGCCCUCUGCUGGUGGCCCCAAGCAGCUGCCUCCCCUGCCUGUCACACCAGUGUCCAGACAGGACAAGCUGCCCACCCCACUGAACGAGGAUGAGAAUUAUGUGAUCCCCAUUGGAGAUGCCCCAAGUGCCAACUACGUGAAUGGGGACGUGCCUUCCACUAGUCGACCUGUCGGCCUGAAGCCCAGGGAGCUGGCAAAGCUUCCAAAGCCACCCACUGUGCCUAAGCCAGAGACCAAAGGCCCUAAUGGAGGUCUGGCCAGGAAGCCGGCGGUCAGCUCGAUGCAGGCUUUCUUCCCCACAACAGGGCUGGCAGACUUGACGGCCGAACUGGAAGAGAAAUUGCAGAGGCGGCGGGCACUGGAGCGCUGCACCGGACACGCCGGGGACUAGCAGGCCAAGCUUGGAUCGUGCCCUCAAGCAGAGUCCUCCUCUCAGAAUUAAAGCUCAAGUGACCAGCAGG